AUGCUGGUAACCAGUCUCGUCCUCCUUCCAAUCGCUGCGGCAGCUGUCGCACCGGCUGUACAGGAUUUCACUGAUCUGAGGAAUCUCAUCAAUACGGUGGCGAAUUCUAUCGGGGCCCCCAACAACGCAGUCUCUGGCUUCAGUUUCAGCAGCAUGAUUGGCAGUAGCUCAAUGGGCACUGCCGAUCUUGUGAACAACAUCACCAGCACUAUUCUGAGAGGAAAAUUCCAGCUCGACACAAACAAGACCGAAUGGCUCACUGCUGUAAACAUGGUCAAUGUCUCUGUUGCCAUCAACUCUACGUCACCUUCAAACACAACUAUACCUACACUCUCCCUGAACGCAAGCGGAGUCACUCCAACCGUCCUUCCUACUGCAACACUCAGGUUCGGUAACCUAACAAGCGAUCUCACAAACCCAUACCUCGAAUACGUCCAGUCAAUUCCCAACCUGAGCAACAACCUGACGGCACUCGGACAUAGGUUCCAUCGUGAAAUGAACGCUCCUGUUAGCGACGCUAUUAGCAGCCUGCAACUUGCCCUCACAGUAUUCCAAAUAGCGAUGCUAAAAGCCAAUCUCAUCACCUCUCUAGCCGUCCUACGUACAAUUCGCGCAAGCAGUGGCCUGGAAAGUGCACAAGCAGCAUGGGGCCGCCCACUCAAUCUACCAAGCGGCGAAAGUGACGACACUUCUGCUGAGCUACCUGAGACGCUGUCGAGCAGCAAGCCGUUCACGGCAAGAGGCCAACUGAAGAGACCACCGCCGGAGAAUGGAAGGUUUUACACGCAUCAGGAGCUUUGGAAUAGGAGUGAGACCCAAUUCUUGAAGCGAAUGACACAGCCAUUGAUUGUUUGAGAGCAUAUUGUACCCUACGUGUGUGUUUUAUUUUAUUUUCUUUGCCUCUCUUGUCCGCAGCUA